GUUAACCGAAUUUCACCUGACCGUUCAUCCCUAGCUGAGAGUUCCCAGUCCCGCGCGGCCCCUCCCACUCCCAGCCCAAGGCCACCCGACCCAGCCGAGUCCCACUGUCCCAGAUUCUCAAAUGAGCCAGACUCCAUAGCAGAACAAGCCCUAGCCCUCUUCCGGCACGAAACCCUUCUUCUUCGACCCUAUUCCCGCACGAAACCCUUCGUCUUCCACACUUCGAAUCAGCAGGAGCCCUUCGCCGCUUCGCGAGUUCGUCAGAAUCAGCAGCAGGAGCUUCGUGAGUUGGCCUCUGACACUGCGAACCCGCAGGAGCCCUUCGCGAGUUUGUCAGGAGCUUCGUGAGUUCGUCGUUGACAUUUCCAACCAGAAGGAGCUCUUCCCAAGCUCGUCUUCGAGCCUUCGUGAGUUCAUCUGCUUCGAAGUUCGAACUCAAUGGAAGAUAAUGAUGGCAAAUUUGUAAUAGCAUCAAAGGAGACAAUAUCUACGAUUUUCUCAGAUUUUUUAACACGGGUCACAAAGUUUGAAGAGUUAGUGGCUGUGGGGAGUAAAUUGCUGGAUGACUUUUCACAAGGACUAGAGUUUCUUCGGCGUUCUCCAAUAAACACAAAAUCUGAAUUGGUUGAGAAGAUACUUAAAGUUAAUGAAACUAAUCGGGUUAAAUCAUAUGUUCAGGCAGGCUGUAUCAAUGCUUGUGAUGGUGUACAAAACGUAAGCAAGUUACAUACAAGUCUAUGUGGACUUCGUGAUCAUCUAAGUAAAGCCAAAUGCAUAUUAAGCGAACUUGAAUGUCUCAUGGAGGAUGUAGCUGGUGAAUUGCAUAGUGCAAAUGAAAAUCUCUCUCCACCAUGGGGUGAAGAGUCUGGAGAUGUGUUGGAUCUACAGGCAACUACGUCCGAUGAGAUAGGGGAGGAAAAGGUGCUAUCUCAUCCUAGCAAACCCGAAACGACUGACUAUGCUGCCUUGAUGGCGAUCAUUUACAGUAUGUUGAAGCAAGACUAUUCAAUGCAGGAAAGAAUGGUCAAUUCACUAAACCACAAUUCAUCGUCUGGCGAAUUGGAGAGCUACAGCCUCAUGUGGUCUUUGCGUCCUUUUAUAAAUGAUGAAAUUAUGCAUCAAGCUUGGAAAUUAAUUCCAUGAUUGCCAUAGGUUUUUGAACACUAGCCAUAUUUUUGCUGUGGUGUUCACUUUACAAUUUAUAAUUGCAGAUUAGGAACUGAUGUUGAUUUAACAUUUUUUUUUUUUUUGAAAUAAACCUCUGAAUUAUGUCCAUAAUUAGUUGUAUAGCUGUGGAAAUGGUUCGAAGUGCACCAAGAAUAUUAACACAAGCUUCACAUACUUUAUGGGUGUGCAUAGAUGAUGAAUGGUUCAAGCACUUAUAUGUGGCAUUUGACUGCAUAUUACAGGAA